GCCGCGCAGGCCCAGUGCGCACGCGCAGUCUGAGCUGACGCCAUCGCUCCGAGCUCCUGGCGGCUGGAACCGGCCUGGGACCGCUACGCAAGAGGGCUGAGAUCCCAGAGCAUCCUGCCAUCCCUGGUGUCUCUCCCUUGCAGCUGCAGUUACGUGAACUUGCCCUCCACGACAGGUGCCCUAUCCCUGGAUAGUCACAUUUCCCAGUGUAGGUUUGGAAAGAUGUUGCCGCUGGAGAAGGCGUUUGCCAACCCCAGGAGCUCCCCAGCUCCCCCAGAACUGCCCAUGCUAGGAUCAGCAGCCGAGGACCAGCAAGAGGACUCCAGGAGUGGCCUUGGGGAGGUCCCUGCCAACCUCGAGUCCUCCCGCCUGCAUUUCCGGAAUUUCAUCUACCAGGAAGCUGCAGGGCCCCACCAGGCCCUGGACCAGCUGUAUGAGCUGUGCCGCCAGUGGCUGCGCCCUGAGGCGCACUCCAAGGAGCAGAUGCUGGAGCUGCUGGUGCUGGAGCAGUUCCUGAGCGCCCUGCCGGACAAAGUACGGUCCUCAGUGGUGGCACAGCAUCCUGAGAACUGCCAGAAGGCAGCCUCCCUGGUGAAGGACCUUGCCGACGCCCUAGAGGAGCCAGAUGGGUCCGUGAAGACUGGUGAAGACGUGGAACCCAGUGAAACCCAGGCUGCCCCCGACAUUUCCUGUCCUGCUCCAGACCCUGUGCUUCUGGAACAAGGGUGUGCCGGGGACAAGAAACCCGAACAGCCCAAGCCUGCUAAGGCUGAGCCAAAGAAGUUGACAUUUCCGGAGAUGCCUCUGUACCUGGGGGAAUGGGGCCACCUGGACCCGGCAGAGGAGAACCUGAAGACCUUCCGGAAACUGCUCCUGUGGGGGUACCAGCUCGCCCAGCCUGAUGACACCUGCAGGCUGGAGACAGAGGAGCUUCGGUUGGUUGAAGCUGAACCACCGGAAGGCAGCUUCUCAGGGGAUAGGAGGUGGCAGGAAAGUAAAGAGAGCAUGUGCGAGACGCUGAUGGAGAGGAUCACGAGGGAAAUUCUCGUUUGCCCCUUGACGGGUGCUGCUCCGGAGGAGGAAGAGCAGCCGCAGAAGGUUCUGGAACCUCAGGAGAGGGAACCAAGCCCUGUCCCCAGAGCCCAGAGGCAGUCAGUCAUCCGGGAGCCAGCCCAGGACAGGGGCACAGCAGGGGAGAGCCCUGCUGUGCCUGUAGCUCCAGCUGCCCCACGCCAAGGCCUUGGAAGAAAAAGGCCCCACUCGAAGGAUGUGGGCGGGCAGGGCCCUGAGCGUGUCUCCAGCAUGAGCCACCCCCAGCAGCGCCAUGUGAAGGAGCCCGCCGCAUCUGGCCUCGGCGCGGGGUCCCUGGGCGCGAGUUGCUCUGCUGCCGAUGAGCCUGGGCUGUCCCGAGGGAAGCCCUACGCGUGCAGCGAGUGUGGGGAGACCUUUGCGUGGAUCUCACAUUUCAUUGACCAUCUCCGAAGCCACAGCGGCAGGAAGCUGUACGCGUGCCAGGGCUGCUGGAAGACCUUCCACUUCAGCCUGGCCCUGGCUGAGCAUCAGAAGACCCACGAGAAGGAGAAAGGCUACGCGCUGGGGUGGGCCCUGGGACCCCACCCUGCUGCGUGUGGUGCCCACGCUGGCGGGAGGCUCCGUGGGCUCCCGGGGUGUGUGGCAGGUGACAUUUUCCCUGUGCAGCCUGAGGCUCAGCGAUGAGCUGCUUUGCCGUAGGGUCCCUAGAGGCCAGCCUUGCCUCCCAGGUUUGUGUCCCUAGAGACAGCCUUGCCGGCCCAGGUUUAUGUCCCUAGAGGGCAAUCUUGCCUGCCAGAUUUCCCUAGCAAUGUAUCCGCUGCUUUGAAACCCUUGCGUGGCUUCCUGCAGUAUCUGUGUGGAUGUAAGUCUGUCUGUUCUCUAAAUGAGCUAACGUGGCUAAAGCACUUAGAACCCAGAAGGGCCCACGGGAAGCCCUUGUCUCCUUGUAAACACACCCAUGCAGAUGCCCAUGUGCAAGCACGAGCUGUCCGGUGUGAAAGAAUAUUCCCCUUUCUUCCGUAGCCAUUUUAGCACCACCCACACAUUGGAACAUUUGUCAUUGUGCAAAGUGUCGAGUUGCCUUAAAGUGUGUGAUCCGCCGGCUCUUGCUGAAGUCAGCUUUGUCUCUGUUCCCCUUGUUCAAGCUCCCCACGGCUUCUGCUCAAGCUGUUUGGUCUUUUCGUAAACACCUGAUAAUCAAGUUCACUUCUGAAUCCUCAAUAGCAAGUUGUUUCCUAGUUAAGCACGUGUCUACAUGUGUGGAGUGGCUUUACAAAGAUCACAAAAAUGCGUGGAGCCUGGUAACGCUGUGCUUUCAAACCAUGCGUCUCAGCCUACUAGUGAAUUGUGAAACCAAAUUAGUGGACGGUCGCCAGCAUUGCAAAUCAGUAGAAUUAAGUAAAAAUUCGUCGUGUAGUAAAGGCAAAUAUUGUUUUGUGAAACUUUUCAGCUAUAUAUCUAAAUAUGAGACCCGGUUGAAUUGUGAAACCAAAUUAGUGGACGGUCGCCAGCAUUGCAAAUCAGUAGAAUUAAGUAAAAAUUCGUCGUGUAGUAAAGGCAGAUAUUGUUUUGUGAAACUUUUCAGCUAUAUAUCUAAAUAUGAGACCCGGUUGAAUUGUGAAAUCAAAUUAGUGGACGGUCGCCAGCGUUGCAAAUCAGUAGAAUUAAGUAAAAAUUCAUCAUCCGGCUGUAAAGGCAAAUACUGUUCUGUGAAAUUUUUCAGCUGUAUAUCUAAAUAUGAGACCCAGUUGCAAUGUAAGAUGUAUUUCUUACUCAGGGUGGAGGGUCAUGAUCAAAGCAGGUUGAAAACACUUAAUAAGGGUUGAUGAGGUGUGUCUGCCUGGGCAAGUGGAAACUUAAUUCUUUGGGCUACAUAAGGUGAUUUUUGAUUUUUGCAUUUGAUCUCAGAUUAGAGCAUUGCUUCUGUUGCCUGAGCAUAAACUUAACUGCUUCUUGUAGGUAAACUGGUGCCUCUUUCUGUCAUGGUGUUUGAGCAGGCAGUCUGUUGUAAUGAUGCCCGAAUCAUAGAUGCUUAACCUAAUAAAGGAUUUAUUUCUUCACUCA